AUGGGAACACCCGGCUGGUUUGACGGCCUAGAAUACAAAUCCACCUGCUCAUGUGGUGGCGAUGUUGAAUUCAAGAUUCUGUCAUUGGAUGGCACUCAGGUCGGAAAGAUAUCAAAACAAUGGAGUGGUUUGGCAAAGGAAGCGUUCACCGAUGCUGAUAAUUUCGGCAUUAGCUUCCCAUUGGAUUUGGAUGUUCGCAUGAAAGCCGUCAUGCUGGGAGCCUGCAUUUUGAUUGAUAUGAUGUUUUAUGAAACGACCAACAACAAUAAUACGACUGAAUCUGGUGCCUCACUUUGCAUAGCAUGUUGUGAGAUUGGUUGCGAAGUAUGUUUCGAAUAACAAAUUUUAUCUACAUAAAGCGAUAAGAAAAAGUGGAAUAUUUGAUUUUCGUGUUACUUUUUUUUUAGUUAAAAUAAUAAUAAUUG